GAAGUGGACCCGAACAACUCCCCUACCGGCGGAGGCUCUCCGUCCGGAUCUGGUGUCGUUGACCGGUUCGCUGUGGGGCUAGAAGCGUACAAAGCUGAAAAGGCUGCGGUGAAAGAUCGCGCCACGUGCUUCGUCGUAUGCAGAAUCAGACGUGGAAAUGCGAUGCCCUCUGGUCAGGAAAAGGAUUCCGAAAAUGCAGCUAUGCAGGAGGAAAAGAGCGAUCGUGCGCUAGCAGCGUGGCUAUUUGCUCAAAAGCAGGGAAGUGAAGGAGCUGCUGAUCCUUCAGGAGAAACCAUCAUGGACCUCGAUGUGCAUGAACUUUGGGGCACCAGCGCUACUAGUUCUGCUCUUACGAAUGCAAUGACGUCCACUGGUACUAGUGGUCAAAAAGUCCUCGAGAAACAGCGUCUCCUCUUUUCCUUCACCGGUGUGCCCUACAGUACGCGCAAAGUUCUUGUUGAACGACUUUCCGACACUUCGUUCGACAGCGCUGGCGUCUAUGGCAAGGUACUGGAAGCGCUGACGGGGAUAGAUGGCUACGGGGCUUCUGAAUUUUUGAAACCGCGCAACUUCGCGGAAGUGUCGAAUCUAC